AUGGAACAAACAUCAGUAUACAACCCUUCACAAGAAGAUCAAGACAGAUAUCUACAGGGCAGACCAGGGGCGACUGCACAACACCUGGGUAUCGCACUUCAACAUGCGCACCAAAUCCAAGCGCAGAAAGACGCCGAGGAAAAGAUCCUCGACCUCACUAUUGAUCUACUCGCGAUUCCAUCCUCUUCUUCAGCCGACCCUGCAGCUCCAUUCUCCGCCGAUGUGCAAGUUUUCAAAUCCGCCUUAUCUUCUUUCCGUCCUAAAGAUCUUGAUAACUUGAUCGAAGAGCGAAACUAUGAAAAUCGAUGCGGCUACUGUCUUUGCCCAAAAACCAAUCGCAAGACAGGCGUUGGAAAGGGCUCAACUUUUCACUUUAAAUACGGUCCUAAGGGGAGCGGAGCUAACGGGAAGGGGCGCAGUGUGGAUAUUGUGCCUCGAGAAAGUCUGGAGAAGUGGUGCUCUGAUGCAUGUGGUGAGCGAGCUCUCUAUAUUCGUGUGCAACUAUCUGAAGAACCGAUUUGGGAGAGACGGGCGGAUGGUUCUCGACUGACGAAUAUUCUAUUGCUCGAGGAGGCUCGUGCUAAAGGGCAGAUCCAAAAAGUUACGGCGGAGAUGGAGAAUCUGGAUCUACAGGAUAGUGAGUCAAAGGAACUUGCACUGGAACGCGGUGAUACCAGCGCUGUUCUUCGUGGCGGGCGUGUAGGCGUCCAAAUCGUGGAGAAUCAAGAUCGUCACCGAGCUGCCGUUGCACCUCAAAUGAGACCAGAGGAUGUGACAGGAGGCUCCAUUGAAGGAUAUGUUCCGCGAGACAAGCGAGACAAGCACUCAAGUGAUGAAGACGACUACGAUGUGCUCGACCAACUUUAG